CUCUGAUACAAAUGAAUGACGUCAUCAUGUGCGGUGUGUCGACGUCAACCCCCGAGACGAGGCUGAGGCUCCAACAUGGCAGACUCGGUGCGGGAGCAGAAGCUUGCUGCUGCGAGGAAAAAGUUACGACAGUUCCAGAAGAAGAAAGGCACCAAGCGGGUGAUUGAAGGCAGCAGCAAAGAAGGCACACCAGAUGUGGAGGGAAGUGUUACGGAAGAGUCAAGUCCAUUGUCAGAAGCAGGCACUCUGUCAUCACAUGCAUCCUCACUUGAUUUGGCUUCUGAGGAAUUUACAGAAAUGUCAGAGGAUGCAGCCCCCAGAGAAGAUUCUAGUGUCUCAUCUCAUAUACAGUCAAUGUCACAGGAUUUAACCAAUGGUGAGAAUGUAAUCCAUGCAUCAAAUGCAACAUCUCAAAUCUAUAGUGCUGGCACUCCUGACCCAGCAUCUGGAUAUGUAGGAGAGACAGAAGCUGGAGGAUCUCACUUCACAACAACAGACACCACACAAAUGGCUGUAAAUAGGUUAGAAUUACCUGAAGUGUUAUCAACUUUAGAAGAUGAAAAUGAAAGCCAUUGCACUAAAAUCAGUGAAGCUGCAAUUGAGGAUGAUAAAGAAGCACAAUUACCAAAUGGAGAAGAAAAUAAUCAAGAAAUGAAACUGGCAGCCUCAUAUCCACUUCCAGUUGUGGAAAAUGGUUUUUCUAACCAUGACCCAUAUGCAUUUACUACCCAGUCAUGUUCAGAUAUAGCAAGCACAUCUCCAAAUUUACCACAAAAUGAAGAUUUCACAAACAUGACGCUCAUCCAAUCAUCAGAACCUGAUGCACAUAUAGUUAAUACAGCAGAAAGUACAACAGCUCUUCAGCAAGUCAUUCCUCCAACUCCAGUUAUAUUGGAUCUGCCAAAAGAUGAGCCAGUGGUAGAGAUUCUGUCCAGUGACUUUGAUGCAACACAUGAACAGCAAAUUUCCUCUGAUUCGUUUGAGAGGGAAGGUUCAGUUAGUUCUGAAACAACCGCAAGUGUAACAACUGCAAUACACAUAUCUACAGGUGAGGUCCAAGGCGAGCCAGUAUUGAAGUCUUCCUCAGAAAGUUUACGGCAGAUCUCACUACAACUCAGCGGUCUUAUGAGCGAGAGUGAAGAAUCAGCACCAGCCUUGUCCGAUUCAACGAUAUCUGAACUCGAACGACGAAAUGCUGAGUUGGCAGCUUUCCUACAACAGGAGUCUCAAACAUCUCAGCAACAGGCACAAUACAUAACCCAAAUAAAAGCUCAACUGGAUAGGUCAGAAGCUGAAUUAAAUGCUGCUCGUGGCAUCUUAAACUCUACUGCGGGUGGAGGCGUAAGAGAAGUGGAAAGCCUCAGGGAACAACUGGAAGUGCAUAUUCAGACAAUUGGAAUUUUGGUGUCAGAAAAGUCAGAACUGCAGUCCAGUCUUACUCAUGCCAAUUAUGCUCUGAAGCAGAAAGGAGGAGAAGUUAUAGAACUAGAUGGGCGCUUGAGUGCAUCACGCCAACGAGUGGGAGAAGUUGAAGCUACGCUUAAGGAUAUUACUUCACAACGAGAUGCUACCAAAUCAUCACAAGACAGCCUGUCAAAGCAACUUGAUGCUGCCAAGAUGGCAAAUUUCAAAACUAAUAAACAGUGUGAAGAUCUGAAAACUUCAGUUGCAGAGUUAACAGAACGCCUGAGUGUGAAAACUAAUGAUUAUGACAAACUAUAUUCUCAGCUAACUGACACCAAGAGUCAGCUGGCGAUGGCACAGCUUCAUGUACAGCAACUGAGGGAUGGUACAAGUGAGGAGAUACAGUCCCAACUGGAAAAGGUACAGGCAGCCCACCUGGAGAGCCAGAGACAGCUUCAGGCAGUUCAGGCAGCUCUCUCCCAGGCACAUGCAGAGAAGUCUAAAGUGGUAGUACAUUAUCAACAGUACACUACACAGCUGGCAGCUCAGACUCAGAAUCUACACGAACAAAUGAAACAGUUGAUGGCGGAAAAAGAAGUAUUAACAGAGGGCCUUGAAGUCACAAAAGCUAAACUUGAGGCUGCAGCACAAAACAUUCCUUCACCUAGUGUAAGCCAAGAGGAAAUAACAGCACAGAGAGAGAAUUUGAACCACACCAUCACAACCUUACAGGAAGAGAAGCUUCAAUUGAAAGAACAGAAUGCUGCUUUGACUAAUGACAACAGCCAGCUUUCAAAACUGGUUGAUCAGCUGUCUUGUAAUGUGGAAGAACUUGAGAUGCAGAUAGAGAGAAGCAAGACAGAAGAGGUUGACACAUCUCAGCUGCUUGCUGCAAUGCAGAGUGAUAAAGUUGCUGCUGCCCGUGCCCUCUCACAAAACAAACAGCUAAAGGAGCAGUUGGAAGAAUUACAGAGUGGCUUCAUUAUAAUGAGCAAUAAGAAGUUGGAGCUCACAGAAAAGUUGGAAAAAGAAUUGCAUGUGAGGAAAGCACUAAACCAAGAGAUUGCAACUUUAAAUGAGGAUAUGACCAACAUGAGGCAGCAGAUGGUGGAAAAAGAUCGGGAGAUUGUACUCCUUAAAGAAAAUGGAGAAUCUCUUGGUGCACAGUUAAUGUUGACACGAAGACAAAGCUACCAUCAGAAUGAUACAAGCCAAAUGACACAAGAAAUUGAACGAAUUACCAAAGAAAAUGCGAAAUAUACAGAGUACUUGAGUGAUCUAGAAGAGAAGCUAAGAUUGUCACAGGUUGAGAUAGAAGAACUUACAAAGCAAAACUCAGAACUACAUAACCUCUUUGCUGAGUAUGGUUCUAAGACAUCAAAGAAAGAGAACUUAAUGUUGACUAAUGGCAACACUUCAGAAGAAACCAACUGUGAAGAAAAUGAGGGAAGUGGAAUGUUAUUGACAAAGGUUGCUGCCCUUACAUCAUCACUGAGCAAAGUGGAAAUGGACAGGAGCAACUUGCAGUCUCAACUUGAGGUUGAGAAGGCCAAGUAUGCUAGGUUAUUGGAGGAAUCCACAGCUAAGCAACUGUCUUCGGAAACUGUAAUAACCUCUCAGCCAACAGCAGCAGCAGACAAAAACAUGUCAAUGGAGAAUCUUCUCAGCUUGCAGGAAGCUCAUAAGGCCCUCGAAGAGAGAUUUAGUCGUAGUAUGCAAGAGGUGGCAGAACUGAGUGAUGAUAAGCAGAGUUUAGAGCAUGUAAUAAUGCAGCUGCAAGUUGAAACAGAGACUAUAGGUGAUUACAUCACCAUCUACCAGUUCCAGCGAGGGGUGAUGAAACAGCAAGCACGAGAACGUGAAUUAGAACUGUCUAGUCUAAUGCAUGAAAGAGAAGAAAUGAAGAGUAAACUGGCAGUCUUACAGGACUUAGUAUCAACUCUAGCACAAGAAAAGGGACCAGGUCAUGAACAGCUGAUAAAAAUGACAAAUGUUAUCAAAAAUCAAACUUCACUCACCAGUGAUAUAGAAAAUGGUGAUCAGACACUUGUAAAUGAUACUGCUGAAGAAGAAAUUGCAAAAGAAGCAACAGAGAACUUUACUAAUGGUAUCAGUAGUGAGAUUCUGCCAGUAUCACAAGAUAAUAAUCCUUCAACAACUAACUUAAAUGGAUCCACAAAUGCAGAUAUGCAAGAUCUUGGAGGAGACCCGCUGAUAAAUAAUACAGGCACCAAAAGUCCAACUGUGCAAAGAAUCUUGGACUUAUUAAAUGAGAUGGAGGCAACCAGUCAAGUUGAACACUGUGGUCUUCAAAAGUUUCACCCGUGUCCUUUGUGCUCAGGGAAGCUCAUCACUGUAUGAAGUUGUCAUACACUGUAAUAUCAUUUAAACAGAUUUCGACCCUGGAUCACAGCAAUACACAUACUCUACAAGUCCCCUUUUGUCUGUUUUUCAGAGUUCAUCACAUUAGAAUUUAUGGCAUGUUAUACAAAUGUGAUUAUAGGUAAAGUUUAAAAGAUACUAAAAUUACCAGCAAAAUUCACUUCGAGUUAGUCAUUCAUUUUCUUCAUUGCAGUCAAGAAAAUUAGACUUUAUUUUCUUGGCAGUAAAAUGCAUAAACUAUUAACCAGAUGUUUAUGUUGAUUUUGUGAGAUGUGUCAUUCUUUAAUAUUAUUUGUAAAGGUGGUACAUUUUAUAGUUUGAAUUGCUCUGUAUUUAAUGAAAUAUUUUUUAAUAAAGUAUGUCCAUAUAGUGUGUUGAUGCAAGAUCAUUAACUUGUACUUAAGGGAAGAAUUAUGGGAAAGUUUUGAAAUGUUACUGUAGAAGACCGAUGCACCUUGUCAUUGCUAGAUAGGGUUUUCAUAAUGCUGAAGAGUUGUAGAGAAGGUAUUAAUGAGUAUCAGGAUUGUGAGGUUUGCAUUUCCUUGAUUUUCAGGCUAAUUACUUCUAAAAUGUAACAUUACAGGCACAGUGUCAAUUAUGAUUUAAUAAAAAAUAAACUCCAGGUACAUUAGUGUUGGACAUGCUAUUGCAAGAUAAUAUCCCAUGUACAGUCACAAUCCAAAGUUUCGACUCCCCCUGGUUGGGUGUUCGCCGAGGCCAGGGUUGAGGUAAGGCUGGGUGAUCAGACGUAGACGUUCCACCACCACAACACUCCGAGACUCGCAGCACACGAGCAUGGAAGGAAGUUUUGAAGAAUUUUGACAUCUGACAUGCACCUGCAUAACAAAAUUUCAUUCAUAAUAUUGUUGGCAUACAUAACAAUUGCAAGUUAGGAGUGAGGCAUGAGAAACUUGGGCUGUUCUCGACCCAGUUAUGAAAUAUGAAUAUUGAUAAACAUCACGUGUUGAUGGACUAAAAGUAUCGUGACACUACUACAGACCAUGAUUAGGACGUCAUAGAUAUUUAUAAUUCAGGUGAAAAAUAAUCAUAUGCGUUACUAGUUGUAAUAUUGGUGACCUCUGUGCUGUAACUCACAAUCGGAGACAUUAUGAAGUGAAAUUUUAAAAUUAAAAGCAA